UGAUCCUAGCAUGGGAUGCUUACUCAUCGGGGCUGGAAUAUUUGCAUCGAUGCUCUAUGGCUCUUCGUGCGCUCAACUUGUAUACUAUCUUUGGCACUACUGGAAUCGAGACAGACUACCUACGAGGCUGCUUGACACGAUUGUUACUGCCUCCGACAUCGGUCUUCUAUGGUCCUUCCUUAUCACGAAUCAUGGCUGCCCAUCUGGCCUUCUCAUUCUGGAGUACGCAACCACAGUUGUAACGACUUGCGCCGUGCAGAUGUUCUAUAUCUCUCAAAUAUGGCAAUAUAGUAAUGUCGUGGCACCAGCAGUGCUUUCCUUGCUUCCUGUCGAGACCGUAUAUAGUGUUGCUACGAUGAGUGACUGGAUUCUCUCAGAAUCCAUGACAGAUGCAAUUCCUUGGACAUCAAGUCGUGUCUUGACUGACGUAGUGGCAGAUGUCUACAUUUGUGUUGCCCUUUCGUGGACAUUGCAUAAAAGAAAGACAGGCAUCAAAAAAACCGACAACAUAAUCAGCAAACUUACCACAUAUACUAUCAAUCGCGGAAUCCUCUCGAUGCUAGUACAAAUUGUGCUCUGUGGGACGUAUGUAGGAUUCACCAAGCAGAGUGCUCUCAUAUGGAUGAUACCCCACUGCGCAGGAUGCAAGAUCUACGUCAACUCUAUGAUGGCUGUUCUGAAUGCUCGUCAUCACGUCAAGAAGCAUUUGGGACUAACUUGAACGGUGAUACGUGUCUUUAUACUAUCGACUUCUUGGUGCAUACGAGUGACGAAUAUAUGUCUUUCAAUGGA